GCAGGCGCCGACGUGAACGAAAUCGAACGCCCCGGGGAGGACGACUUCUUCGGGCGCACCGCUCUGCACAUCGCGUGCGGAGGAGCACACGUCCGCUUCUCUUGGGUGGCAGUGGACACCUUGCUUGAGCAUGGAGCUCACACGGAAGCGAGAAACUACGCGCAGGAGACGCCGCUCCAUUGCGCCGCCGCGGGCAGCAAACCGCGCAACGUCCGGCGUCUGCUCGAAUCGGGCGCGGACGUACGCGCGAGGAGCCGACGCGGGAACACGCCACUCCACAAGGCGGUCGCGGUCAAUUCUCGAGCGUGCGUCGAUGCACUCAUCGCCGAGGGCGCCGACGUCAACGCGUCGAACGAGAGAGGGAAGACGCCUCUCUUCUUCGCGAUUCAUUACGGCAAGCUCGACCUGGCCCGGCUGCUGCUCCGCAUCGGCGAUGACCGCGCCGUAUUCCACGCC